AAAGUAUAAAGUUUGACACAAAGCUUCACCUUAUUAUAUCAAUUGUCGAUGCUUUUAAUGAAAUUUCAAUUCAGCCAUGAACAACUUUGUUAGACUGUCUAUUUUCAUCAAUUUAGUGUCGUUGGUGAAGAAUGAAUCAACAGAAUGCAGCAAUAACACUGUUAUGAUAGAGCAAAGGACGGUCGGCGAUAAUCUAUCAAUGUCGUGUCCAUCACAGAAUAACCAAAUAAGAUGGGAACACCACAGCAGCAAUGUUUUCUUGAGGACCAUUAAUACUCCAAAUAUUACAAUAUUUAUCAUUUCCUAUUUGGAUAUUGGAACUUAUCAGUGUUUAACUAUAAAGGAUUCUUGCAUUAGAAAAAAAGUUGUUCUAAAUGUUCAAGGACCUCCCGUUGUUUUAAGAACAAAGAAGAACAUCGGCAUUGGCGAAACAAAUAUGAUUUUAAUUGCAUCUGAAUUAAUAAGUUUUCCACCUCCAGACGAGAGAAUUACAAUCAAAGUAUGUGGAGCAGAAAACCAGAGAAAAAUGAAUGCUAUAGAAUAUCAGUCAGUAUUGGUGAACGCAAGUCGAAAUAAUUCAGAUUUUGAAAUCACUGGAUAUCGUAUGAAUAUUACGAUCGAUCCUUCAACUUUAACUGGAGAAACUCUUACCUGUAUCAAAGUAUAUGUAUCAAACAACAUUGGGGAAACGGUGUUUAGGUUGUACUUAACCAUCGAAUUUGAUGAUUCCGACGACAGAGGGCCAUUUUGUGAGCAUAUUUAUUGCUAUUUUGUAGAAAUAUAAUCAAUUUUGAUAUAUAGAUAUGCAUCAUUUUUUUUUUUACAGUUAAAUUUCUUCGGGAGAAUACCAUUUUAGUGUCACUCAGUGGACUAGGACUGCUACUACUGAUUAUUCUGAUUGUACUCAUUACUUUGUGCAGGCGUCUUAAACGGGGUAAACCUAAUAACGAUACAUCAGUUUCUAUGUCAAACAUUUCAACAAUUAUUCAUUUGGCAAAGUAUUUUUUAUCCGAAAUUAUUGUGUAGUUCCUAUUUGUUAUAUUUUUCAGUGGAAACAAUGAAGUAAGUUUUUAGAUAUUUUUUCUUUAACGUUUAAUUUUAAUUAGGUAAAUUUUAUAAAAUGAUACUAUUUCAAUAUAGCAUGAUACACUGUAAUAUACAGCUUCCUUUAAACCUGGGAUAUCAACACCAGAUCUUUUGUACUGAUUUUUGCAGAGUGUCCGAGUCGUAUGAUUCUUUGAGAAUUACAAGACAACAAAUCAUAAUAAUAGUAACACUUUGUGGAGGGACACAGAACCAGGUCAAACAAGUUUUGACCCUGAUCAAGCCUUACAGUUAAGAGAGUGUAUAGUUUUCCACAAAGCGAAACACUUAGUGACGAAGAAUAUGAUGAUUUUCUAUGAAUGGGCUAUGUCCUAUGAGUUCAUUUGCUUUUACAGUGCUAGUGUUAAAUAUAUUUUUAUUGUUGUAAAUAUACAGGCGAUUGUUGAAUUAUAAAUAAAGCAAGAAAUAAACGACUUUUCU